AUGAACGGUUAUUCGAACGGAGUGAACGCUAGCCAGGAAAAGCACAAACGGGUGAUCGUCGAUUCUCCCUAUGUCCGCUGUGAUGGCAAAGAAAUGGAAACGAGAUUUCUCUACCGUAAGAACCAUUUCUCCCAUACAGCCGAUGGACUAAAAGUGACACCAAAGGAGCAUGAAUACGUCUUCAAAACACAACUGAAGCCGAAGAAAACUGGUUAG